UCUUCGAGUCGGUUGAGAGAGAGGAGAGAUGGUCAUGAUGGCUCUCCCGUGGCUACUGGUGCUGGAGCUGGUCCUGUAUGCAGGCUGCUUUAUCAGCGGGAUCAUCGCCGCGGCCUCGCUCACCGUCACUCAGGGUAACUUUGCAGGCCGCUGCAUCCUCUAUGGCAGCGUGCACAUCAACGCCACUGGUCAGUCGCUGACCAUCGAGAGCUCCAGCUCGCCCUCGCUGUGCUACUUCGUGUCAGCCAUCUCCAUCUUCGUGGCCAUCUACUGCUUCUCCCUCAUCCUCUACUGGGUCUACGUCAGCUGCGUAGAUGGAGACGCCAAGAGGGAGAGGACGGGUCAUAAUGCGAUGCUGAUGGUGUGUGGGAUAGUGGUGUUCUUCCUGCUGGUAUCGGGGUGCGUGCUGCGUGUCGGCCGGGAGCACCUGUGUCUACACAUCCUGCAGACAGUGCCCUCUCUCACCAGUUGUGAGGAGGCUCAGAAUAAGACCUGGUCAAGCCCCUACAAUGGCAGUCAGUUCUCCUCAGGACUCCAUCGAGCAGAGAGGUCCGUGUGGGUGAACUUCUUCUUCUGGAUAUUGAUCGUUGCCGUGGUAGCGGUGCAGCGUCGUCAUGACGGCGGUUUCAUCAGGGGGCAGGCCUGGAGCCCGGACGAGACCGAGCCCUUCUUCCACCGCCCGGCGCGGAUCAUGUAA